UAGACGAUUUCAUUUGGAUUUUAGCUUGCAACUUGUGCGGUAGUAGUUUUUUGUCUUUGGAGUUGCGAUAGUGUGUGUCUGUGUGAUAUACAUCUGCCUACAUAUAAGCAUUUAUAUAUACUAAAUAUUAAGUGCCCGCGAUGAAAUUCCUAAUCUGUGCAUUGCUCGCGGCGUCCUACGUGGCGGCCGCUGAUAUUAAAUUGGAGGAAGGUGUCAUUGUAGCAACGGUAGACAAUUUCAAACAAGUGAUUACCGACAAUGAAUUUGUGCUCGUCGAAUUCUAUGCACCAUGGUGUGGACACUGCAAGGCUCUGGCGCCCGAGUAUGCCAAGGCUGCCCAACAGUUGGCCGAGAAGGAAUCGCCCAUUAAGCUGGCUAAGGUUGAUGCAACCGUUGAGGGUGACUUGGCCGAGCAGUAUCAGGUGCGUGGCUAUCCCACGCUGAAGUUCUUCCGCAGCGGCUCGCCCGUGGAUUACAAUGGUGGACGUCAGGCCGCGGACAUUAUUGCCUGGGUGACCAAGAAAACUGGCCCACCAGCCAAGGACUUGACCAGCGUGGCUGAUGCCGAGCAGUUCCUUCAGGACAAUGAGAUCGCCAUUAUUGGCUUCUUCAAGGAUGUUGAAUCGGCUGAGGCCAAGGUCUUCACCAAGGCUGCCAACGCAUUGGAUUCGUUCGUCUUUGGUAUCACCAGCAAUGCCGAUGUUAUUGCCAAAUACGAGGCUAAGGACAAUGGUGUCAUUCUCUUCAAGCCAUUCGAUGAGAAGAAAUCCGUGUUCGAGGGAGAGCUGAAUGAGGAAAACCUCAAGAAAUUCGCUCAGGUGCAAUCUCUGCCUUUGAUUGUUGACUUCAACCAUGAGUCAGCUGCCAAGAUCUUCGGCGGCUCCAUCAAGUCGCAUCUGUUGUUCUUUGUUUCCAAGGAGGCUGGCCACAUUGAGGCCCAUGUUGACCCACUGAAGGAGAUUGCCAAGAAGUACCGUGAAGAUAUUCUGUUCGUCACCAUCUCGUCCGAUGAGGAGGAUCACACUCGCAUCUUUGAGUUCUUCGGAAUGAACAAGGAGGAAGUGCCAACCAUCCGUUUGAUCAAGUUGGAGGAGGAUAUGGCCAAAUACAAGCCUGAAACGAAUGAUCUGUCGGUCGAAUCCAUUGAAGCAUUCCUGCAGAAGUUCCUCGACGGCAAACUGAAGCAGCAUUUGCUCUCACAGGAGCUGCCCGAGGAUUGGGACAAGCAACCCGUCAAGGUUCUCGUGUCUAGCAACUUCGAGAGCGUCGCCUUGGACAAGAGCAAGUCCGUUCUGGUUGAGUUCUAUGCUCCAUGGUGCGGUCACUGCAAGCAGCUGGCUCCCAUCUACGAACAGCUGGCCGAGAAGUACAAGGAUAAUGCCGACAUUGUCAUUGCCAAAAUGGACUCCACUGCCAACGAGCUGGAGAACAUCAAGAUCUCAUCCUUCCCAACAAUCAAAUACUUCCGCAAGGAUGACAACAAAGUCAUCGACUACAAUCUGGACAGGACUUUGGAUGAUUUCGUCAAGUUCCUAGACGCCAACGGCGAGGUGGCUGAUGCCGAACCCACCGAGGAGAGCGAAGAGGAAGAGGAGGCGGCGCCCAAGAAGGACGAGUUGUAAACCAACAACAAGAGGAGCAAUGCAAAUAAUCCAACAAAAACCACAGCAUGCACACACACACACAUAAACAAAACACAACAAAAUAACAAAUAGCAACGUACAUUCUGUAGUUUAUUCUUGUCUUCGGUCGUGGAUCCAAUUCCAAUGAGUUUUUAUCAUUGUCCCCAAAUCCUGGCCGUGGCACUUUUUAAGUCCCAUUUUGAUUGCAUAAAAAUAUAUAACUUAAAUUAA